AAUCUCAGUUUUAAAUUUAUUUUAACAGAUUUUAUUGUUCCUCCUCUUAUUCCCUCAGGUAAGAUAAUAGGCUAACUAAAGUUCAACGAAAGCUUCAAAAGUGAUAUUAUCAGCAAAAAAUUUAUUGAGCAAGGAUUAGUGAUCUGCAUGACAUUUUGGCAUUCUUACAAUGUCGGGGUUACUAAAUAAUGCAUCUCUGAGUGGAUCAGCUUCAAAUCUUCAAGACAACACUGGGAGACCCUUUUCUGCAUCCUUCUCAAGUCAAUCGGGUGCACCUUCCCCUGUUUUUCAUCAAAGCGGAUCUCUUCAGGGGAUCAAUAACUUUAAUAGUGGUUUCAAUGUUCCGAAUAUGUCGGGCACACUUGGAUCAAGAAGCUCAAAUUCUACUAAUAUACCUUCAAGUGGACUUCAACAACAAAGUGGAAACCUUUCUGCUGGAAGAUUUACAUCAAACAAUAUGCCUGGUCUUUCACAGAUGGCUCAUAGCAAUUCACAUGGUCAUUCAGGGCUAACCAGUAGGGGUGGCAUGAGUGUUGUUGGAAGUCCUGGAUUUAGUAGUGGCACAAAUGCAGUUAGCGGUUCAGUUCCUGGAAUUUUUCCCACGUCUGCACCAAUCAGUAAUCGGAAUUCCAUUCCUGGAGUUGGAGUGUCACUAAAUUUAGGAAACCAGGGAUCUCGGAUCACGAGUUCGGCUGGAAAUGUCGGUGGUGGAAGUAUCAUGGGAAGAAGCAUGAGUUCUGGUGGAGGAUUGUCGAUUCCUGGCCUUGCUUCUCGGUUAAAUUUUAACUCUAGUACUGUGUUAGGAAAUUUGGGUGUACAGGGAUCAAAUAGAUUAAAUGGUGGUAUGCUUCAACAAGCCUCCCCACAGGCGACGUCUAUGUUUGGAAAUUCGUAUCAUUCAGGUGGACCACUUUCUCAAAUUCAUUCUCAAAACUCCACGGGAAUGUCAAAUGAUGUGAAUAACAAUAAUGGAUCCCCGUUUGAUAUAAAUGAUUUCCCUCGGCUGAGCAGCCGCCCAAGCUCCUCUGGUGGAACCCAAGGACAGAUUGGCUCCUUACGGAAACAAGGUCUUGGUGUUAGUUCUGUUGUUCAGCAAAACCAAGAAUUCAGCAUCCAGAAUGAAGAUUUUCCAGCCCUACCAGGAUUUAAAGGUGGCAAUGCUGAUUAUGCUCUGGAUCAACAUCAGAAGGAUCAACCUCAUGACACCAAUGUGUCCAUGGUGCAGUCUUCACAUUUCUCAAUGGGAAGAUCUUCUGGAUUCAACUUAGGUGGAACAUAUUCAUCGCAUCAACAACAACAACAACAACAACAGCAACAACAUGUUCCAUCAAUCAGUAGCAGCGGUGUACCGUAUACAUCUGUUAAUAAUCAAGAUCUACUCCAUUUGCAUGGUUCUGAUAUGUUUCAAGGAUCACAAUCAUCCUAUCACUCACAGGGCUCUGGAUUGCCAGGUACUGGUUUGAGACCUUUGAAUUCUCCACUCACAGUUUCUGGGGUUGGUUCUUAUGACCAGCUUAUUCAGCAAUAUCAACAGCAACAAAAUCAAUCUCAGCAAUAUCAACCGCAACAAAAUCAAUCUCAGUUCCAGUUACAGCAGAUACUUGCCGCUAGUCAGUCAUACAAGGACCAGGGGAUGAGGUCGAUGCAGGUUAACCAAGCUGCCCCUGAUCGAUUUGGGCUGCUUGGCCUAUUGAGUGUAAUAAGAGUGAGUGAUCCUGAACUAUCAUCUCUUGCACUAGGAAUCGAUUUGACCACACUUGGCUUAAAUUUAAAUUCAGCGGAAAAUCUUCACAAGACAUUUGGUUCCCCGUGGUUGGAUGAACCUACCAAAGGAGCUCCAGAGUUCACUGUACCGCAAUGCUAUUAUGCUAAGCAAGCGCCUGUUCUUACUCAAGGCUAUUUGUCGAAGUUCCAGUUAAAUACUUUAUUCUAUAUAUUCUACAGCAUGCCAAAAGACGAAGCCCAACUGUAUGCCGCAAAUGAGCUGAACAAAAGAGGCUGGUUCUACCACCGGGAGCAUCGAUUGUGGUUUAUGCGGGCUGCAAACAUGGAGCCUCUCGUCAAGACGAAUGCAUAUGAGAAAGGAUCUUAUAUAUGCUUUGAUCCAAACACAUGGGAAACUAUACGCAAGGAUAAUUUUGUAGUCUACUAUGAGAUGUUGGAAAAAGACCAACUACUACUCAACAUCGACAAUUUUACAUCUAAAGUCCCUUUGGUAGCUCGUUGGUUAUGGUAGAUUGGUAGUCAUGUUUCAGGUUUAGGGUUAGUUUCAUGUUGUCUAAUCCUUUGUAAUAUCAGUUUUUAGUUGGUCAUUAGGAAUACCCGUUCCAGCAUUCUUUUUGGCAAAAUUAAACAAUAUGAAUCAUUCUUUUAAAGGAAUAGAAAUUCGUUCUAGCUUUGUAGGCAGGUCUUGGAUUUAUUUUUAAAUGGUAAAGUUUUUAUUUCUGA